AUGGAAGACAAGCCCUUGGUGUUGAGUUCCUCCCCCACUUUCGCCAAUUACACCACCCCCAAAACCACACAAGAGCUCACAAUUGACGGCCAAAAACCCCUCGAAGAAACAAUUGAAGCCGCUUUCUUAAUCCUCUCCGCCUUGAACGACGACCUUUGCAAUCGGCCAAUCCCAAUAUCUGGUCCACCACCACUACUCAGCGUAAUACCACCAUCGUUGCCGCUACUAAUAUUACUAUUCCUAAUUGCUGGCCUACCACCUCAUCACCCUAACUUUGAUAUUGGGGGUGGUACCCUCGAUGAGGCCCGCCUCCGGUACAAAGCAGCUGUGGUGGCUCUACUCUCUGUUCUCACUGCUAUUUCCAAUGCUGAAAAGGCAAAGACGCCUGAAGCUAUUUCGUCUCUAUCUCCUUCAGAACAAAUUGAAAUUGAGAAGCUUGAAGAGCAGGCCUCUACCUUAAGAAAUGAGCUCACGAACAAGAAUAAGCACUUGAAGCUUCUGAUAGACCAGAAAAAUUAG